AGUACUACUUUUAGUGUUUUCUGUACUUUCUUUGUGCUUUCUAAUGGAGGGGGAGAGUCUUAGGGAACCGUUAUUGAAGAAGGUGUACUAUAAGAAUUGCCCAGGUUGUAGGACUGAACGUUUGAAGGAUGCACAAAAGGGUGUGCCAUUCAGGUUGUUGUCCUUCAUUUGGCUCUGCUCCUUAUGCUCUGCUUUGCCAGUUGCAUUCCUCUUUCCGUUCUUAUACUUCAUGAUUAGGGAUCUGCAUAUUGCAAAAAGAGUAGAAGAUAUCGGUUUCUAUGCAGGAUUUGUCGGAUCUUCAUUUAUGAUUGGGAGAGCUUUGACCUCUACUCUAUGGGGAAUGGCAGCAGAUCGAUAUGGCCGAAAACCUAUAAUAAUGAUCGGGACAUUUUCUGUGCUUAUAUUCAACAUGCUCUUUGGCCUUAGUACAAAUUAUUCGAUGGCACUUUCUACAAGGUUUAUUCUUGGAGGUUUCAAUUGCGUACUUGGCUCAAUAAGGGCAUAUGCUGCUGAAAUUUGCCGAGAUGAAUAUCGUGCUUUGGGACAAUCAGUUGUUAGUACAUCAACUAGCAUAGGAGUGAUUAUGGGUCCAGCUAUUGGAGGUUAUUUUGCACAGCCUGCAGAGAAGUUCCCACAUAUAUUUUCUAAAAGCUCACUCUUUGGGAGGUAUCCGUACUUUUUACCAUGCCUUGCCAUAUCAAUCCUCUCAGGAUGUGUAUUUAUUGCUUGUUUCUGGCUUCCAGAAACUCUGCAUAUGCACUCGAAAGAAAAUGAACAGUCAAAUGAUGCACAUGAAGCUCCUUCAUAUGGAUCUGAUGAGAAGGAAGCUAUCAAAGAAACUACAGAGAAAGAGUCAUCAAGUACUGAUGAGAAUCUUUUGAAGAAUUGGCCCUUAAUGUCAACUAUCAUUUUAUAUUGUGUUUUCUCACUGCAUGACUUUGCUUUCUCAGAGAUAUUCUCACUAUGGGCUGUCAGUGGUAAGAAGUAUGGAGGACUAAGCUUUACAUCUCAGGCAGUUGGUCAAGUUCAUGCAAUCUCAGGCUUUGGUAUUCUAUUAUUUCAAUUUUUUGUAUUUCCACCUGAGAAGAGCCCUGGACCGAUAAUGGUUACUCGUGUUUCAGCGAUUUUAUCAAUUCCAUUGACACAAAGUUUCCCAUUUAUUGCUGCGUUAUCGGGAUUGAGUCUUGACUUGAUACUAAAUGUUGUAUGCAUAUUCAAGAAUGCUCUAUCUGUGUCCAUUAUGACUGGAUUAUUCAUUCUGCAGAAUGUUGCUGUUCCCCAACAUCAAAGAGCAGCAGCAAAUGGCAUUUCUAUGACUCUAGUGUCUCUUUUCAAAGCAUUUGGUCCAGCAGGGGGAGGUGUCCUCUUUUCAUGGGCACAAAAGCGUCUGGACGCUUCAUUCCUCCCAGGUGAACAUUUGGUUUUCUUUGUUUUAACUGUAAUCACUUUUAUUGGGGUGCUGAUGACUUUCAAGCCAUUUCUACCUCCACCCCGCGAGUGGAAAAUAUUUAGAGGCAAAGUUCCAACUUUAUGAAUGAAGCGAAUGGAGAUGACUUCUGUAACCACACUUGGGCCAGAGUUCUUUCCAGUUUUCCUCUACCCUGGCAUCUAUCCUCUUCCCAUUGCCUUUUAGUCCAUACAUGAAAUGCCCAACUUUGGAGAUGGCUUAAUUCACUCUCUGCUUAGGUAUAAAUCCCAUGACUGCAAGGGCAAGUAUUAUUUAUUGAUAGAUAUGUGCAAGAGCAAGUAUUAUUCAUCUUAAUGAGUUUCAUAAUGUAAAUUUGAGAGCCUAUGGUUCUUUAUAUGAAAAUAAAGGUUUCACAGAUAAGUGCACAGAUGAG